AUGGCUGGGGAUGAAGGAGAAUCCAACUCCAAACGGCGGAAACUGGAAUUCAACCCUUUGCGAUCUGACGAUAGGUUCGUGGUACCCACGAGACCAUCUUCAGUCCACAAUGGAAAACCCAGCUCUGCACAAUCGAGGUCCCAAAGCCGUAUGGGAACAUCCAGGGCAUCGACUCCGCGUGCACAGUCAAGAUACCCAUCGACGGCUCGCUCAACUCCUCACCAAGAAGAGUUUGAUGGCCCUGAGCCCUUUGUGAACGAGGAGGACUCGAAUGCCCUGGAUAGAGACUGGUAUGCUGGUGAUGAAUCUGGACAUACCUUUGGAGAUGACUCGCACAACCCAUUCGGUUCAUACGACAAUUCCUGGGCCGAUCAGCAGCGAGAGGUAGCGUUGACGGAAAAAAAGACUGGGAAACGAGUUAGCGCGCGAGCAAAUCAAAAGCAAAAAGAUGUUGACGCUUGGGAGACGAAUCGGAUGCUCACGUCCGGAGUGGCUCAGCGAAGAGACUUUGGAGACGAUUUUGAGGAUGAUGAGGAGACGACUAGAGUCCACUUGCUUGUGCACGAUCUCAAGCCUCCUUUCCUAGAUGGAAGGACUGUAUUUUCCAAACAGCUGGAGCCGGUGCCCGCGGUACGAGACGCCCAGAGUGACAUGGCGGUCUUUAGUAGGAAAGGCAGCAAGGUGGUGAAGGAAAAACGGCAACAAAAAGAGCGACAGAAGCAGGCACAGGAAGCUACAAAUAUGGCCGGAACAGCUCUUGGAAAUCUGAUGGGCGUCAAAGAGGACGAAGGAGAUAGCGCCGCCCCCAUACCAGGGGAAGAAGACCAAGGAACCAGCAAGUUCGGCCAGCAUAUGAAAAAUAAUGAGGGCGCAAGCAAUUUCAGUCAGAGCAAGUCUCUGAAGGAACAAAGAGAAUUCUUACCAGCAUUUGCGGUUCGCGAGGACUUGUUGAGGGUCAUACGAGACAAUCAAGUAGUCAUUGUAGUUGGGGAGACUGGUUCCGGCAAGACAACCCAACUCACGCAGUUUUUAUACGAAGACGGUUAUGCAGACGUAGGCAUGAUAGGAUGUACGCAACCUCGCAGAGUCGCAGCAAUGAGUGUCGCCAAACGUGUCAGUGAAGAGAUGCAAUGCAAACUCGGUGGUACCGUUGGCUAUGCAAUCCGUUUCGAGGACUGUACGAGCAAGGAGACAUGUAUCAAAUACAUGACAGAUGGUGUUCUUCUCAGAGAAUCCUUAAAUGAAACGGAUCUUGAUCGCUACUCCUGCGUUAUCAUGGAUGAGGCCCACGAAAGGGCCUUGAAUACCGACGUUCUCAUGGGAUUAUUUAAAAAGGUCUUGGCUCGACGACGAGAUCUCAAACUGAUUGUGACAUCUGCUACCAUGAACUCGAAGCGGUUUUCUGAUUUCUACGGAGGAGCGCCUGAAUUCUUCAUCCCGGGACGAACUUUUCCUGUAGAUGUCAUGUUUCACCGAUCGCCCGUGGAGGAUUAUGUUGAUCAGGCAGUCCAGCAGGUCCUUGCAAUUCACGUAUCCAUGGGAGCCGGCGAUAUAUUGGUCUUUAUGACUGGGCAAGAAGAUAUCGAAGUUACUUGCGAGCUUAUUCAAGAGCGACUCAAUGCUCUGAACGAUCCCCCAAAAUUGAGCAUUCUACCAAUUUACAGCCAAAUGCCAGCAGAUCUACAGGCGAAGAUUUUCGAUAAAGCUGCUCCUGGAGUCCGAAAAGUCAUUGUCGCAACGAACAUUGCGGAAACCAGUUUGACAGUAGAUGGUAUCAUGUACGUCGUCGAUGCGGGCUAUUCGAAGCUCAAGGUUUACAAUCCCCGGAUGGGAAUGGAUACCUUGCAGAUCACCCCUAUUUCUCAAGCGAAUGCUUCUCAGAGAGCUGGUAGAGCUGGACGUACUGGACCUGGGAAAGCAUAUCAUCUCUUCACUGAAGCUGCUUUCAAGGAUGAAUUAUACAUCCAGACUAUCCCCGAAAUUCAGCGCACAAACCUCAGUAACACAGUGCUACUAUUGAAAUCUUUAGGGGUUAAAGACUUAUUAGACUUCGAUUUUAUGGACCCACCUCCCCAAGAUACCAUUACAACAUCUCUUUUCGACUUGUGGGCACUGGGUGCCCUGAACAACAUCGGUGACCUCACCGCCGUCGGCAAAAAAAUGACCGCAUUCCCUAUGGACCCGUCUUUGGCUAAGCUACUCAUUACUUCUGAAGAAUAUGGCUGUAGUGAAGAGAUGCUGACCAUCGUAUCUAUGCUCUCUGUUCCAAAUGUGUUUUAUCGGCCUAAAGAACGCCAAGAAGAGUCCGACGCAGCUCGUGAGAAGUUUUUCGUUCCGGAAUCUGACCACUUGACCUAUUUGCAUGUUUACUCCCAAUGGAAGUCGAAUGGAUUUUCAGACGCUUGGUGUACUCGGCACUUUUUGCACCCCAAAUCUUUACGCCGAGCAAAAGAGAUCAGACAACAACUCCUAGAUAUUAUGAAAAUGCAAAAAAUGUCCAUGAUAAGUUGUGGUACUGAUUGGGACGUCAUUCGGAAAUGCAUUUGCUCUGGUUACUAUCAUCAAGCUGCGAAAGUCAAAGGUAUUGGGGAGUAUGUCAACUUGAGGACAAGUGUGACAGUCCAGCUGCACCCUACAAGUGCUCUUUACGGACUUGGCUACCUUCCGGAUUACGUCGUUUACCACGAAUUGAUUCUCACCUCAAAAGAAUACAUGUCAACAGUAACUUCUGUUGAUCCUCGCUGGUUGGCAGAGCUCGGAGGCGUCUUCUAUUCGAUUAAGGAAAAGGGCUAUUCCGCGAGGGAGAAGCGAGUGACAGAAGUUGAAUUCAACAAAAAGAUGGAGAUUGAAGCGCAAAUGGCAGAAGACAAGGCCCGCGAAGACAAGAGGCUGGAGAACGAGAGUUCGAAAUCUACCAAGAAGAUCGCAUCAUCUGUGGUCAAGAAAGUAUCUUCACAAGGGGCAGUGAGAAAACCCAUUGUUAAAAGGUCUGGGCGGGGAUUUUGA